AUGAAGACCUCACAAUCCUCUGAAAGACAGAAACAGAAAAAUAUAAAUCUUGUUUCUCACAAAAAUCUACAACCUUCUCUACUUAACAUCAAGACCCCAUCCAACAAAGACUUGUCUCAAGAUAUUAUAUCUGCGCUUACCAAAAGCCCUAACUUCACAGUGGCACCUAAAAAGAUUCCAAAGAAAGAGAUCAGCCAACCAUCUACAGUCAACCAUCUACCGACUCCCAUCAGAACAACCAAAUUCCCUCCACCAAACAUUAUUAGACAAGAGCGAUGGGCCCUCCAAGACUUGAACAGAGACACAGACAUCAUCGUGCUUCCAGUCGAUAAAGGCAACACGACAGUAGCCAUAAACACAUCAGACUAUAAGAAAAAGAAAAAUCUUUUCUUGAACAAAGCAUAUAAAAAGCUUGACAAAGAUCCAACUAAUACAAUUGCACAGAACACCAAGAUUCUGAUGGAAAGAGCAACAUUCUCAAUAAAACUAAAUCAACAUUGA